AUGGUCGUGGUGCUCGUUCUCGUGAGCAUCGUUUCCGCGGCUUGCGGCAGGCUGUUGCUCGCGGCCAUGCGCGGCAUGCCCAAGAACGAAAGCUUCCAGUUGCGCGUGGAGUUUCCCGACCUGCUCCAGUUCUACCUGCCCCGGGCCUGGUACAUUCCGAGCAUGCUGGUUUACUUGGGGUUCAUGGUCCUGACGCUCAUGACCUACGUCAUCCAGACGGCGCAGGUCCUGGACUACGCCUUCGUCCACUCCACCGGCUACGCCUGGGGCCUCCGGCUCUACCCGGACUUCGGCCCCGUGCGCGGUGCGGAGAAGCACUCGAGCACGCCGUUCGGGGACUCCACCGUUGUGCCCGUGUCUUUCAUGGUCCUCGCCGUGGUGUGCGGGCCGCUUUCCCACAAGAACCUGGACGACAACGUGCCCCUGCAGGUGCUCUCCAUCGUCGGCCUCACGCUGCUUGCCGCCGUGUGGCUCGCCAUACUCCCGGGCAUGCCCGACUUUCCGAGCCAGCUGCCAGUCGCCACGAGCUCGGUGCAAAACGUCAUCGGCACGACGCUCUUCAACUUUGCGUUCGUCGGCUCCCUGCCCUCCUGGGCCAACGAGAAGCGGCCGGAGGUCUCCGUGGACAGGUCCUUCCUGUUCUCCCUCGGCUACGUGGUGCUCGUGUACGCCGCCAUAGGCAUCGUGGGGGGUAUGGCGUAUGAGCCUUACUACGCGACCGACGAGAAUCUCUUCAGCAAGCUCAACGUGAGUGGCCAGCUCAUCGCGAGGUUGACGGUGUUCCUGUACCCGGUCCUCCAGAAUUUCACGUCCAUUCCCGUGUUCUCUAUCAUCCUCAGGUACAACUUCCUGCAGCUCGGCUGGAUGGGCCCGCGCGCCGCCACGAGCGUGGCCUUUGCGCUGCCCUGGGUGCUCAGCAUAUUCUUCUACACAGGCCACGGCUUCGAGACGAUCUCCAAUUGGGGAGGCUUGUUUUUCUCAUCUGUGGUCAAUUUCAUCUUGCCCCUGGUCCUCUUCGCACUCUGCGGGCUCAGGCGAGACAAGCUGCACAGGAUGGAGCCAUGA